UGAAGGAAUUGUAGGGAAACUGAGUUAAGUUUCUCUCAUGGAAGGAGCAUCAGGUGUGAGAAAAGGCGCAUGGAGCAAAAUGGAAGAUGACCUUCUUAAAGCUUGCAUUCAGCUUUAUGGGGAGGGAAAGUGGCACCUUGUUCCUCAAAGAGCAGGGUUGAAUAGAUGCCGCAAGAGUUGUAGACUGAGAUGGUUGAACUAUCUCAAACCAAAUAUCAAGCGGGGAGAUUUUAGUGAAGACGAGAUUGAUUUGAUGAUCAAAUUGCAUAAGCUUUUGGGAAACAGAUGGUCGUUGAUUGCUGGAAGACUUCCAGGAAGAACUCCAAACGAUGUGAAAAACUAUUGGAACACUUACAUGCGCCGGAAAAUAGAGUCUCAGAAGAAAGACAAUAACAUAAAGCAGCAAGAAGCCAUAUUAACAGUGACACCCCAUGAAGUGAUAAAGCCUGUACCUCGAACUUUCUCUAAAAAUGACUCUCCUUCUUUGCAAGGGAGAUUUAUUGCCUCCAAUGAAAGUGGUUCCAAAGUUGGUGUUAGUGAAGCAUGUGCAGCUUCAUCAGGAUCCGGAAAUUGGUGGGAAACUUUGCUAGAAGACAAAGGUGGCAGUGUAGAUAUGACAGAUCUUUGGGAUGAAGAGCUUGCUUCAAUAACAACAGCUUGUGAUUUUCUUACCGAAGGUAAUAAUAAUUGGAGUGAUUUUCUUCUUGACGAGGAUUUGUUGGAUACUCAAAUCUUGAACGUUAAUGUAGGAGAUUAUUAG